AAAAAAUUCACAACAUUUUCAAGAAUCCCAAAACCCCAAUAGCCACCAAGAGCUUUGAGAAUCUGUAGUAGUGGUAGUAUUGCUUGUGUAAGAAGAUGAACAAGAAGGAGGUGUUUAAGUUAGCUAAAGGGUUUCGAGGAAGAGCCAAAAACUGCAUAAGAAUAGCUAGAGAAAGAGUUGAGAAGGCCCUUCAGUAUUCCUACAGAGACCGGCGCAACAAGAAGAGGGAUAUGCGUUCCCUAUGGAUUCAACGUAUCAAUGCUGGAACUCGACAACAUGGGGUAAAUUAUGGAAAUUUCAUGCACGGUCUGAUGAAGGAGAACGUACAGCUGAACAGGAAAGUCUUGUCAGAACUGUCGAUGCACGAACCAUACAGCUUCAAGGCCCUCGUGGAUGUCUCUCUCAGUGCUUUCCCCGGUAAUAAUAAGAAGGCCAUAAUACCUCCAAAGAAAGAAGGGCUUGCUAUUGUUCUUUGAAUUAAUUUCCUACGUUCUACUGUUGUACUCUUUUUUCUUCUAUGGUGGGCAUAAUUUUGUGCUAGCAUUUUUGUUGGCAAAUUUCUACCAAUGGUGUUGAAGUCUUCUCUUUCCUGCUAGUGUAAUGAUAAUAAUUGUGUUAAUCUCAAUUAGCUAGUAUUACUUC